AAACAAGCGUCUGUCAAAUAUAAAGCGCCACCUAUUCAAUUAUUUCCAGUGUUGACAAAAUAUUCUUGGAAAACCGUUCAAAAUUAUGUUUCAUUGAUAAUAUUAUGAACGGAAGAGAUGUUAUAGAAUCUUUACAGGAUUUAAUAACCAUGGAACUACGUGAGGAGAGAAACAUUGCUGUAAACGGCUGGCAUCGUCGUCGUAUGGCAAGGAUCAGGGAUGUUGUUGGACCAGCCCCACGAGAUCUACCAAGACAAGUGAGAUAUGAACGAAUAACAGUUGAUGACGACCACCUUAGUUUUGCCACAAAUGAAUUGAACAAAGUUGGACUGUAUGUGGCAGCAAAACCACUGUCACCAGAAAAUUACUAUUUUGAGAUAGAAAUAGUGGACACAGGACUAAUUACUGCUAUUGGUAUUGGUCUUGUUCCAUACAAAUAUCCAAUGGACUCCCAGCCAGGAUGGAGAGCAUUCUCUGUGGGUUACCAUGCCGAUGAUGGGCAGUUAUUUAAGGCAAGUGGAUUUGGGCGGCCAUUUGGUCCAAAGUGUAACAUUGGGGACAAAAUGGGUUGUGGUAUAAAAUUCAAGAGAAACGAAGAUGAGCGACCACAACCGGAACAGGCUGUUCAGGUGUUCUUUACCAGAAACGGGCAAGAGGUUGGCACAGUAACUGUACCAAAUCCUCCAGGAGGUUUGUACCCGGCAGUAGGUAUGCAUUCAGAUGGAGAAGAGGUGCGGUUAAAUCUGGAUGCAGAGUGGCAGUAUGAGGAACUGGUCCACAUGGCUGUAGACAGCGGGGAGGAGGAGUGGUCAAGAUUACAUGAUGUCAAGUUAAACGGAAUGACCUUAGAGUAUUCUGGUAGAGGAAAAAGCAUUCAUGAUGUUGGUCUCGCACAGGCAAAACAUCCAUUAGAUACAAUGAACCAUUAUUUUGAAAUAGAAAUUAUAGACCCAGGUGAAAGCUGUUAUAUAGCUAUAGGAGUGGCUAGAAGAAAUUAUCCAAAAGAUAGACAUCCUGGAUGGAAUAAAGGAUCUAUAGCAUAUCAUGCAGAUGAUGGAAAAAUAUUUGUAGGGUCUGGUAUAGGUGAUCCAUUUGGUCCAAGAUGUCAUAAAGGUGAUGUGAUGGGAUGUGGUAUAAUGUUCCCACCAGACUAUGACAGUGAAGUAGAUAGUGACUUAUCCCCUGAUGAAAACGAGAGUCCUGACUUCCAGGAGGAACCAUAUCAUUCUUCUGAUUCAGAAGAUGAUGAAUUCUGGGGCGGGAAUAAAGAUUUUGAAUCUGGAACAAAAGUGCAAAUAUUUUUCACAAGAAAUGGGAAAAUAAUAGGAUAUAAACAAAUUAGUAUACCAAAAGGGGGAUUUUAUCCCACUGUAGGAAUGUUAAGUAGUUGUGAAAAAGUUCGAGUUGAUCUCCGACCCCUUACAGGAUAGAUAUGCUAUCUAUCCCUCACUGUGUUGAAAGGUGCAGGUCAAUUUCUCCAGAAAAAAAAAACAUGGAUUUACAGUAAUACAGAUAGCAAUAUAAACAAUGACACAAAAUUACCAGUUAUGGUUCCAACAUUUGCUAUGGCACACAAAUUCCGGUUACUGACACAGCAUCGGCUUCUUGUGGAAAUGCUGAUGUCUAGAUUUUAAAUUGCAGUUUGGAAAACAGUUACAGUAAAUACUGGCAAUUUGUAGCUUCAUGAACAUAAUUUAUUGUAAACUAUCCUGGUUAGAAAUUACAUUGUGUUAAGUACAAAUAAAGAACUACUAAUGUACUUCAUUGGCAGGAUAUACUCAUAAACAGGAACAAUUUUUAGCUCGACUAUUCAUAGAAUAGUAGAGCUAUUGGACUCGCCCAUGCGUCAGCAUCCGCGUCCCGAUUUGGUUAAGUUUUUGUAUGUAAGCUGGUAUCUCAACAACCACUUGUGGGAAUGAAUUGAAACUUCACACACUUCUUCACUGUGAUAAACUGACAUACACUGCACAGGUUCCAUAACUCUAUUUUGCUUUUUUACAAAAUUAUGCCCCUUUUUCGACUUAGAAAUUUUUGGUUAAGGUUUUGUAUGUAAGCUGGUAUCUCAGUAACCACUUGUGGGAAUGGAUUGAAACUUCACACACUUAUUUACUGUGAUAAACUGACUUACAUUGCACAGGUUUCAUAACUCUAUUUUGCUUUUUUACAAAAUUAUGCCCCUUUUUCGACUUAGAAUUUUUUGGUUAAGGUUUUGUAUGUAAGCUGGUAUCUCAGUACUCUGUAAUUGGAAUGGAUUGAAACUUCACACACUUAUUCACUGUCAUGAUCUGACAUGCACAAAGCAGGUCCCAUAACUUUAUUUUGCUCUCUUUCAAAAUUAUGCCCCUUUUUCAACAUAGAAAUUUUUGGUUA